AAUCCUGCAUUUUCAUAUAUUUCCUUGGAAGCCACCAUUUUGGUGUUUUAUUCAACUAAACUUCAUGCCAGACAGAAAUACAAGGCAGAGUUGAAAACAACUCUGCAACUUCAACUCACAGACCAUACCCCUCUGUCCCGUGCUCUUCUCUCGCCUCGCCGCGAUCCAAUUCGAUCACAUACCCACUUCACCACCAUGAUCAAACUCUUCAACAAGACCCUCCGUCGCUUCUGCUCCAAUCUCCGUUGGCCACUUCGCCGACGUUCCUCCUCCAAAAUCGUCAUCAGGAGGUUCGGCAAAUCCCACCCAACACCACCUUCAUGCCACGCUAAACGUGAAUCCGCCACCAAUGGGCUUGCCGUUGUUCAUCCCAAUGGCCAAUUGGGCAGUCCAGAAUCGCAGAAACCAGUACGGAUUGCGACAUUCAACGCUGCCCUGUUCUCCAUGGCACCUGCUCUUCCCAAGUCAGAAAAAGGAGCCACCUUUGACGAUGAGAACGGCGGUGCCGUCAAAACCAGAAGACCCUUGGACGUGAAAUUACGAGCAAAGUCAGCGAAUGAUCGCCCGAAAAGCAUACUAAAGCAGUCCCCUCUGCAUCCAAAUUCCAUGAAUAGUCCCGACAAUCUCAGCAAUCAACAGAAGUUCGCGAAAUCAAGGCUGAGAGUUUCCAUCAAUUUACCUGACAACGAGAUUUCUCUGCUGCGAAACCGGCAGUCGAGUUUCUCGGAUUGCGAGAGGGAGGGCUCUUCGAAUGUUUCGAAAGGGAAGGUUCCCAUGAAAGCCUCAGCGAGUUUUUCGGCAUAUACGUCGAACAGAAAUAGUAGAACAGUGCUGGAUGUUCUGAGAGAAUUGGACGCUGAUAUUUUGGCGCUUCAAGAUGUGAAGGCAGAGGAAGAGAAUGGAAUGAAGCCUUUGUCUGAUUUGGCUUCCUCACUGGGAAUGAAUUAUGUGUUUGCUGAAAGCUGGGCUCCCGAGUACGGCAACGCUAUCUUGUCCAAGUGGCCGAUUAAACGCUGGAAAGUCCAGAAAAUCUUCGACGACACCGAUUUCAGGAAUGUUUUGAAGGCCACCAUUGAGGUACCACAAGCUGGAGAAGUCAACUUCUACUGUACUCACCUUGAUCAUCUGGAUGAGAAUUGGAGAAUGAAGCAGAUAAACGCAAUAAUCCAAUGUAAUGAUGAGCCUCACGUCUUGGCCGGCGGUCUUAAUUCACUUGACGAAACUGAUUAUUCCCAAGAAAGAUGGACAGACAUUGUAAAGUACUAUGAAGAGAUGGGGAAGCCAACACCAAAAUCUGAUGUGAUGAGAUAUCUGAAGAAUAGACAGUAUACAGAUGCAAAGGAGUUUGCUGGGGAAUGCGAGUCAGUUGUCAUGAUUGCCAAAGGCCAAAGUGUGCAAGGAACUUGUAAGUAUGGAACCCGGGUUGAUUACAUAUUAUCAUCCCCAAAUUCUCCGUACAAGCUCGUUCCAGGGUCCUAUCUGGUCCUGUCUUCCAAAGGCACAUCAGAUCAUCACAUAGUGAAAGUUGAUCUUGUAAAAGUAAAUGGUUAUCCUGAAGAAAAUGUGACGAAGAAGCAGCGAAAACGGACGCAAAAAGUCGUGAGAAUAACACAGUCAAAUCCAUCAAAAGGUAUAUGGUCCACAAAUUAACACUGAACAGAAAGAUUGAGUUCCUUUUUGUUAAAAAUAUUUGGUAUAUGGGGUCUUUUGAUCCGAUUCCUUCCCGAUCCUGUGAUGUAUACAAUUUCUUUCUUUCUUUCUUUUUCUUUUGGUUCUGAAAAGAAAAAUAGGUUUAGAAGAAAACGAAAGGAAGGCGAGAUGAGGCUGUGUCAUGCAUUUUUCGUUUUUUCUUUUGUAUAGCUUUUGAUUGAAUGUUUUUCAAGGCGAUUAUUGCUUCUUAUUCUUUGACAAUAUUCAUAGACGACUCUUAUGAGUUGAAUAUGAAUUCAUGUAUCAAGAGCUGUGUGGAAUAUAUUUGUAUUUUUUCCCCCUCCCCUUAAAUGAUUCA